AUGUCGAGCUCUUGGAUAAAAAUUCCGAAAUCAACGAGUUUUCUUCAAAACGUGCUGAUGUCGAAGCCCGGAAGUUAUUGUGGGCUUCAUAAGUUGCUCAGUUAUAGGGAAACAAUGACAGAACAUGGGUCAGGGUGGUAUAAAACUGAAAAAUUACCAUCUUCAAUUGGGCAUUUGAAACAUCUUAGGUACCUCAACAUGUCGAGCACUGAUCAAAUCCUUACCGGAAUCAAUGACUUGUCUGCAAAAUCUACAGACAUUGAAGCUGAAAGAUUGCAUGCUACUUCAGGAUGUGAUUCUCUUGUUUGUAUGCCUGCUGGACUCGGGCAGUUAAGACACCUACAGACUUUAAGCAUCUUUAUUGUGGGUUCGGACCGUGGUCAACAAAUAGGCGAGCUGAAAGAAUUAAAUCUUAGUGGUGAGUUGACCAUCAAGGGACUCCAUAAUGUAAGAGAUUCAGAGGACGCAAGAAGUGCCAACUUAAAGAGGAAGCAGGAUCUUUGUGCUUUGAUAUUGGAUUACGAGGAUAUCAAGACUGACAACUUACUAGAUAAUGAUGAAGAAAUUCUUGAUGGUCUCCAACCUCAUCCAAAUCUAAAGAAAUGUGAACAUCUUCCACCUCUCGGGAAACUACCCUCCCUCAAGGUUCUUUCUAUUGUUGCAAUGGAAGCUUUUAAGUGUUUCAACAAUGACUACUAUGGAGAUGGGGAACAAUCAUUUCCAGCACUAGAACAGCUCUAUUUGGAGGAUAUGCCUAGUUUGGAGGAAUGGACAACAGUUGAUAGAGGAGAAAGUUUUCCUCGUUUGCGGGAAUUAUACAUCCGUCAAUGUCCCAGGUUGACUGAAUUUCCUUGUCUUCCAUCACUUGGGAGAUUAAGCAUAGAAAACAGCAAUGAGAUGCUAUUAAGGUCGGUGAUGGAUCUCACUUCACUUUCCUCGCUUGGAAUAUCUAGGUUUGAUGGGUUGGAGUUUCUUCCAGAUGGACAGCUUCAAAAUCACAAGGUUCUUGAGUCCCUAUCGAUUAGUGAACUAGGCAAUCUCAAGACUCUGUCACAUCAGCUGGAUAAUCUUUCUGCUCUGAAAAAGUUAAACAUUGAUCGUUGUAAUUCUCUCGAGUAUUUACCAGAUGGACUCAAAAACCUCAGAUCCCUUGAGAGACUCGAGUUACGGGAAUGUGACAGCCUUACAUCCUUACCGGCGACAGGGUUACAAGGCUUGUCUUCCCUGAGAUCAUUGAGCAUAACGAACUGUAAGGAACUAAGUUGUUUAUCUGAAGGAGUAAAACACCUGACUGCUCUCCAGGAUUUGGUCAUAAUUAGUUGUCCAGAGAUGACGUCUCUACCGAAUUGGCUAGGAAGCCUAAUGUCGCUGUCGUCGUUACUGUUUGGGAUUGCCCCAACUUGA